UCUCAAAUUCUCCGAUAACCAUGAGUAAGGGUCCGGGACUAUUCGCCGACAUCGGAAAAUCUGCGAAAGAUCUGUUGACGAGAGAUUACAGUACCGAUCAGAAAUUCAGUAUCUCCACUAACAGUGUCUCCGGCGUCGCUCUUACUUCCACUGCUCUCAAGAAUGGAGUACUACAUGCUGCUAAUGUUGCUACACAAUACAAGUAUAGAAAUGCUUUGUUCGAUGUCAAGAUCGAUACUGAUUCCAAUAUCUUGACAACCGUCACAUUCACUGAGAUCCUCCCAUCGACAAAAGCCAUUGCCUCCUUCAAAGUGCCAGAUUACAACUCUAGCAAGCUGGAAGUCCAAUAUUUCCAUGAUCACGCAACAGUUACAGCCGCUGCAGCCUUACAACAAAACCCUCUAAUUGAUGUAACAGCCACUCUUGGCUCACCAACUAUCUCAUUUGGUGCUGAAGCUGGGUAUGACACCACAUCUCGUACUUUCACAAAGUACAACGUCGGAAUCAGUGUCACAAAGCCAGAUCGAUGUGCCUCCAUAAUAUUGGGAGAUAAAGGCGAUUCGAUCAAAGCUUCAUAUCUUUAUCACCUAAAUGAGUCGAAGAGAAGCGCGGCAGUUGGAGAGGUUGUCAGGAAAAUCUCAACUAAUGAGAACACAGUAACUGUUGGUGGAUUGUAUGCGGUUGAUCACUUGACGAAUGUUAAAGCUAAGCUGAACAGUAACGGUAAGCUUGGAGCUGUUCUGCAACAUGAGGUCCUUCCAAAAUCGAUAGUGACCAUCUCAGGUGAGAUUGAUACCAAGACAUUAGACAAGUACCCAAGGUUUGGUCUCUCUCUUGCCCUUAAACCUUGAAGAGCUACCCAUACCAUUUGUAUUUGGUUUAACAAUGGAGACUACCCUUUUUUCUCUUCUAUGACAUUGUUUAGAGUUGAGUUCGUUGUUUUGAAAAAUGGAUCCCUCAGGUAAUAUCCUACUGUCGGAUAAUUCUUUUUCG